AUGCAGAUCUUCGUGAAGACACUCACUGGUAAGACUAUCACUCUCGAAGUCGAAACUUCGGAUAGUAUCGAAAAAGUGAAGGCCAAAAUUCAGGAUAAAGAAGGCAUUUCAUCUGAUCAACAACGUCUUAUUUUCGCUGGCAAGCAGCUCGAAGAUGGUCGUACAUUGAAUGACUACAACAUUCAAAAAGACAGCACUCUUCAUUUGGUGCUUCGCCUUCGAGGUGGUAUGCAAAUUUUUGUCAAUACUAUGACCGGCAAAAGGCUCACCAUCGAAGUUGAACCAGAUGAAUCCAUCGAAAAUCUGAAAGUCAAAAUUCAAAACCAAGAAGGUAUUCCACCUGAUCAACAACGCCUCAUCUUUCUUGGCAAGCAACUCGAAGUCGCUCAUACACUUAAUUACUACAACAUCCAAAAAGAAUCAACAAUUCAUCUUAUUCUUCGUUUACCAGGUGGUGGAAUUUCAACAGUUCCAAGGCUAGGAUUUUCUGUGGGUGGUGCAAAAGAUGUGAAUAAUUUUCGAGAAAAUAUUCAAAAUAAUUAUUUACCGAUCAUAACAGAUUUAUCAUAUGAAGGUCUUUUUAAUGAUUAUUUUUUUAAUACUGGUAAUCAACAAGAAGAUAGUAAUGAUAAAAAAUUAUUUUGUCCAUCCUACACAAUGGCUAUCACAAAAAAUCCUUUACAAGAAGACAAAGAACAACAAUCUUGUGAAUAUUACAUGACUGUUGGAUUGAAUUCUAAUUUAAAUGAAAAUACAUUUAAACGAAAUCCAAUGAAUCUACUUAUCUGUAUCGAUGCAAGUGGAUCAAUGUCAUCACCAUUCAAUCGCUAUCAUUAUGAUCGACGUCGUUCUAACAAGUAUGUAGAUAAAAGAGAAAGAGAACUGAGAGGAUGUAAUAGUGCUUUAUUCUCAUCUGAUGAAGAAAUGCAUCCUUUUAAUUUUUUUAGUGGUGGAAACGAAAAUAUUGAAUACGAUACUCGUUCAAAAAUGCAAAUAACACUUGAAGUUGUUUCAAAAGUACUGGAUCAUUUACAGCUCAAUGAUCGACUAGCGAUAAUUACAUUUGAUAGUAAAACAUCAGUGAUUCAAAACAUGAAGCAAUUAAACGAAAUUAAUAUAAAAGAAUUAAACAAUAAAUUAUCCAAAAUUCAUGCUGGUGGUGGUACAAAUAUGAGUACUGCUAUUGAUUGCAGUGCAUCAUUAUUUGAUAAUAAUUCAUUGAUGACAGAUAAUGAAUAUAACAAUCGAAUUUUAUUUCUUACUGAUGCAGAACCAAAUCAGGGUGAUUUAGAUGAAAAACAUUUUAAUUCACGUAUUGAACAAUUGGCAAAACAUCGUAUUUAUACAACAUUUAUUGGUGUUGGUAUUGAUCUGAAUACUCAACUGAUAUCUUCAAUAACAAAACAUCGUGGAGCCAAUUAUUUUUCUGUUCAUGAUUCGAAAAAUUUUCUUCAACUUUUAGACAAAGAUUUCGAUCUGAUUGUGACACCAUUAGUAUUCAAUGUUAAAAUGAAACUUGAAUCAGAUCUAUUCGAUGUUGCACAUGUUUAUGGUUCACCUGAAUGGGAUAAAACAAAACAAGAUGAAUUAAUUAAAAUAAAUACAUUAUUUCCGUCACGAACAGAUGAUGAAAAUUGUACACGUGGUGGAAUUGUUUUGUUAAAAUUGAAUACAAAACCGUCGUCAACAGAUACAUUUAUUUUUCCAGCAUACUUUUCAGUAACAUAUGAAGAUCGUCUUGGCAACACAUAUGAAGAUAAACAAUUGAUCAAUAUUAAUGUGAAAAAUGAGAUUAAUUAUGCAAAUACCGGUAUUCGAAAAGCUAUUCUUUUAGUUAAUUAUGUAACUCUAUUGAAAAAAUGGAUAAAUGAUGAACGAGAACGGAUAUAUAAUAAGAAGAAAACAUUAUUUGAUUUAAGUGAAACGACUGCUGAAAAUUUAAGUGACUGGGAACGACAAUCGACAAAAUUAACUGUGUCGAAUCAAUAUCGAAAACAAUUUAAAAUAUUUUUAGCUUAUUUUGAAUCGGAAAUGGCAAUGGUUAAUGAUAAAGAUUUGGAACAAGAAAUUAAAACUCUGAAAAAAUUAAUUGAUUAUGAAGAAUAA